AGCUGGCGGUCGUCCUCUUCCGCCAUUUUGGUCUAAAACAGUCGGCCGUGGGAAGGCGCGGUGUGGUGCGUGGCCGGAUCUGCCUUGAAACCAGCCAAGGAGCAGACACCAAUCAUGGGGAACAUGUUUGCCACCCUUUUUAAGGGGCUGUUCGGUAAAAAGGAGAUGCGGAUAUUGAUGGUUGGACUGGAUGCUGCUGGUAAAACCACAAUCCUGUACAAGCUUAAGCUAGGAGAAAUCGUCACGACCAUCCCCACAAUAGGCUUUAACGUUGAAACUGUGGAAUACAAAAACAUCAGCUUCACGGUGUGGGACGUCGGUGGUCAGGACAAGAUCCGGCCGCUCUGGAGGCACUACUUCCAGAACACGCAGGGCCUGAUCUUCGUGGUGGACAGCAACGACCGCGAGCGGGUGGGUGAGGCGCGCGAGGAGCUGAUGCGCAUGCUGGCAGAGGACGAGCUGCGCGAGGCCGUCCUCCUCAUCUUCGCCAACAAACAGGAUCUGCCGAACGCCAUGAACGCGGCCGAGAUCACCGACAAGCUGGGCCUGCACUCACUACGGAACCGCAACUGGUACAUCCAGGCGACGUGCGCCACAUCCGGCGACGGCCUGUACGAGGGCCUCGACUGGCUCUCCAACCAGCUGAAGAGCGCCGCUCGCUAGUGGCCGCCGCCGCCGCCGGCGUCGACCGCCGCCGACUGACGCGAGAGAUACGUGUGAGACAUUCCGAGUGCGCGACCGGGCGGCGCCUGGCUGUGGCCGCCGGGCCGGCGCGAGCGACCGGCCCGGCGCAGCCGGCGCGGCCGCACCUGAGGCAGAGACAGUGGGGCCAGCGAGUCGGGCCCGCCCAGACACCGGCCCCGGCCGCGCGGAGCUCCCAGUGCCGUGCUCCUGGCCGUGUGAAUCGUGUUACUUUGGCUUGCAAUCGGGUGGGCUUUUAUCAAUAUUUAUGAUCUUGAAUUAUCCGCUGUGUUCCGGUUUGGCAUUCUGUAUAUGAAAUUGUUUGAUUAGAAUGAAUAAAUAUUCUCCACUAUAAUUA